AGGACAAAGAGGAGAGAAUCUGAUCUGCAAGUCUGAGCUCAACUCCUUCCUUGAAACAGAAAAAUACAGAGACUUUGAGAGGAUUUUGUCUCCCUGCACUCUGAAGCAGAUGAUGGAGAAGACAAGCAAGAGUUCUGGGGGGCCAUCUGUAAAUUCAAAAGGAAUAACGAAGAAACCAUUUGAAUGUAUAGAGUGUGGAAAGAGCUUCAGUCGAAGUCAAACCCUUGGAAUACAUCAUCAAACUCACACAGGGGAGAAACCAUUCAGAUGCAUGGAGUGUGGAAAGAGCUUCAGUGAUAGUGGGAAACUUCGACUACCUCAUCAAACUCACACAGGGGAGAAACCAUUUAAAUGUAUAGAGUGUGGAAAGAGCUUCAGUGAUAGUGGGAAACUUCGACUACAUCAACGGACUCACACAGGUGAGAAACCAUUUGAAUGUAUAGAGUGUGGAAAGAGCUUCAGUCAAACGGGACACUUAAGACAACAUCAGCGAACUCACACAGGGGAGAAACCAUUUAAAUGUAUAGAGUGUGGAAAGAGCUUCGCUCUUAGUGAGAAACUUCGACUACAUCAACGGACUCACACAGGUGAGAAACCAUUUGAAUGUAUAGAGUGUGGAAAGAGCUUCAGUCAAAGGGGAAACCUUAGAAUACAUCAGCGAACUCACACAGGUGAGAAACCAUUCAGAUGCAUGGAGUGUGGAAAGAGCUUCAGUGAUAGUGGGAAACUUCGACUACAUCAUCGAACUCACACAGGGGAGAAACCAUUUAAAUGUAUAGAGUGUGGAAAGAGCUUCUCUAAUAGUGGGAAACUUCGACGACAUCAUCUAACUCACACAGGGGAGAAACCAUUUAAAUGUAUAGAGUGUGGAAAGAGCUUCAGUCAAAGUGGACACUAUAGACUACAUCAACGAAUUCACACAGGGGAAAAACCAUUUAAAUGUAUAGAGUGUGGAAAGAGCUUCAGUCAAAGUGGACACUAUAGACUACAUCAACGAACUCACACAGUGGAGAAAGCAUUUAAAUGUAUAGAGUGUGGAAAGAGCUUCAGUCAAAGUGAGAAACUUCAACAACAUCAUCGAACUCAUACAGGGGAGAAACCAUUUAAAUGUAUAGAGUGUGGGAAAAGUUUCAAUAAAAGUGGACACUAUAGAGAACAUCAGCGAACUCACACAGGGGAAAAACCAUUCAAAUGUAUAGAGUGUGGAAAGAGCUUCAGUCGAAGUGGACACUAUAGACAACAUCAACGAACUCACACAGGGGAAAAACCAUUUAAAUGUAUAGAGUGUGGAAAGAGCUUCAGUCAAAGUGAAACCCUUAGAAAACAUCAGCGAACUCACACAGGGGAGAAACCAUUUAAUUGUAUGCAGUGUGGGAAAACCUUCAGUCAAAGGGAACACUUAAGAGAACAUCAACGAACUCACACAGGGGAACAACCAUUUGAAUGUAUAGAGUGUGGAAAGAGCUUCAGUCAAAGUGGACACUGUAAACGACAGCAACGAACACACAUGGGAAAAACCAUUUGAAUGUAUAGAGUGUGGAAGGAGCUUCAGUUGAAGUGAAAACUCUUUGCUAUUUGCUGUUUAGUAGCGUUGCAGAGAGCUUGCUGGGGAGACCAUACAUUAAAAAGGGACUCAAAAAUAACUUAAACAAGGUUUUAAUAACAAAAACAAAAACUCCUUAUACACUAAAUACAUCAACAACAAACCAGACCCAACCACCAACCCAUCCCCCAGGGUAAUGAGGGAGCUAGUUGCUGCUCAUUAUAUACUAUGCCCAAAUGCUGACACAGCUUGAUUAACACACCUCAGCAGCACCUGCUAUGUUUCACAGCUGUAAGACUGGGUCUCGUUAUUUGCCCUGGCCCUGGCCCUUAAAGACAUACACAACUUGUGAAACAAUAAUGAACCUUCACAUUUUAAAGUGACCAUUCAACAUUUCUCCUGCGGUUCAUUAUUGUGGAACAAAAACAUAAAGCAUAUUUUGUACAUGUCUUUCAUGUGUAACCUUUGGAAGAGCUUUAGUAAAAAUGUCUGCAAUUUGAUUGUCACCUGGAACAUACUGAAAUACAAUCAUUUCAUCAGCAAUUAGUUUCUUUACAAACUGUAAACGUAACCUUAAGACUCUAGUGUGCUGCGUAUUGGUCUCUGAACACAGGAUAGCGAGUCCACUCUGGGAAUCAAGGUAAACUUUUACUGGUAGUGUUACUUGCAUCUGUAGGUCGGCAAAUACUUGCAGAUACCAUUCUAUAUCACGAGUGGCUUGAACGCAUGCACAUAAUUCAUUCUCUGUUGUGGAGAGACAAAUAAUGGUUUGUGUCUGGGACCUCCAUUCAAAUGGACAACCAUUAUAACAAAACACCAUACCAGACACACCCCUGCAAUUAUUUUGUGCCACUGCAUGAGAUGCAUCGCAGAAAAUUUCAAAACCUUUGUCAAUACUUGUAAACUGCAACCUAUAAUGUUUGGUAUGUUUAAGGUACAUUACCACUCUCUUAAGAGCAGAGAAACAUUCCGUUGUGGGCUUUUCCACAAAUUUUGCCAGAAAGUGAAAAGCAUAAGUUAUAUCUGGUCUUGAGAUUCUUUGAAUGAAAUUUAGCUUGUCUAUAGCUGAGCAAUACAAAGUUUUGUUAGGAAAUGACUUAUCUUCACCUGUAAAGGUGAAACCACACACCAUAGGUGUUUCCUUCCCAUUUGCAUUUUCUAAACAUAGCAUUUCAACAAGAUCAUCAAUUUUUGCAGUUUGAUGAACCAAGAAAGAUCCAUUUUUGCCCUUCUCAAUUUGCAUGGAUAAGUAAUUUUUAGCUAUGCCUAAUUCCACCACUUAAGCCAGACAUCCUGGAGACCCUGAGCCAGACAUCCUGUAGAGUGAAGUCAAAUGGGCCUUAGAAAGCACUGCAAAUAACAAGGCCAAUGGAAGUGAUGCUAUUCCAGCUGAACUAUUUAAAAUUUUAAAAGAUGAUGCUGUUAAGGUGCUACACUCAAUAUGCCAGCAAGUUUGGAAAACUCAGCAGUGGCCAGAGGAUUGGAGAACACUCUACAUCCCAAUCCCAAAGAAUGCUCCAACUACCACACAAUUGCACUCAUUUCACAUGCGAGCGAGGUUAUGCUUAAAAUUCUACAAUGCAGGCUUAAGCAGUAUGUGGACCGAGAACUCCCAGAAGUGCAAGCUGGAUUUAGAAGAGGCAGAGGAACCAGAAACCAAAUUGCAAACAUGCGCUGGAUUAUGGAGAAAGCUAGAGAGUUCCAGAAAGACAUCUAAUUCUGCUUCAUUGAAUAUGCAAAAGCUUUUGUUUUUUUAUUUCUUUUUAUUGAAUUUCACUUAAAUAACCAAAAGAAAAAACAAAACAACAGUUACAGAAAAAAGAAAGGAAAAAAAAGAAAAAAUAUCCAUAUAUAACACAAAAAUAGCAUCAAUUUCCGUUACAGUUCCUUGUCUUACUCCUUGAAUCUUUAUAUCUUUAGAUAUUUAGAUCUUUCCUCUACACACAUAUUGACCUCCUUCCCUCCCGAUUUUGGGCUUCUUGAUAAAAAUUCUUUCUUUUUUCUGCAGCUAAGAGUUGUUAAUGGUUUGCGCAUCAUAAGAUUUAUAUCAGACCUGCUGUAGUUUUUAAGUUUCUAUAGUUUCCUUCAAUAUAUACCAUAAAUUUAUUCCAAUCGCUAAUAAACUUUGUAUUUUUUUGGUUUCUAA